AUGUCAGCUUACAAAUCACAGGUCAUGAAUGGUCAAAGAGAAAAAUUUGUCAGACUAAAUAAAAUGGACUCAUUCUCAACAAAGAACAAUGACUCUACAAAUCGUUUCGCCUUUAGUAUAGAAGGACUAAAACGUAGUGUUUAUAAGUCACAAAAUUCAACAAGGUCUUUUAAUAUAGGAAUGAUGAAACCUCAUGGACUAAGGACAAUUGGUAAAUCACUACGAUCUGGGGUUACUCGAGCAGUGUUUCCAGAAGAUCUGAAAGUGUCUGACAAGAAAGUGUUUGAUCCUCAAGAUAAAUCUCUUCUUCUUUGGAAUCGACUUUUCGUUAUAUCUUGCAUCAUUGCAGUGUCCAUAGAUCCUUUGUUCUUUUAUCUACCUAUAGUUGAACAUGAGAAGAAUUGCUUAGGCAUGGACUAUGGAUUAGCUGUUACAACUACGACUUUGCGUACCAUGAUUGAUGCUUUCUAUCUUAUUCACAUGGCUUUUCAAUUUCGUACUGCAUAUAUUGCACCAUCUUCUCGAGUCUUUGGACGUGGUGAGCUUGUUAUUGAUACCGGAGAGAUUGCUAAACGUUACCUACUGCGCUAUUUCAUCAUAGAUUUGUUAGCUGUUCUGCCCUUACCACAGAUUGUGGUCUUAAAAUACCUUGUUAAAGCUCAAGGGAAAGGUAUACUAGAGACAAAGAAAUGGUUGCAAAUAAUUGUAUUUUCACAAUACAUUUUUAGAUUUGCUAGGUUUUAUCCUCUUACUUCAGACUUGAAAAAGACUGCUGGUGUCUUUGCUGAAAGUGCUUGGCUUGGAGCUGCUUAUUACUUGCUGUGGUACUUGCUCUCUAGUCAUAUUGCUGGGGCGCUGUGGUAUUUAUUUGCUGUGGAACGUAUAGACACAUGUUGGAAAAAUGCAUGUCAAAGUCAAGGUGAUAAAUGUGAUAACGAUUUUUUGUAUUGUGGGAAUCAUGAUAUGGCUACUUUUGAGGUAUGGCAAAAUAUUAGUGUGGAUGUUCUUAAUAAGAUGUGCUCAGUUGAGGAAGAAGAUUCAAACUUCAACUUUGGAAUCUAUACACAAGCACAAUCCUCUAAAAUCGUCGAAUCUCAAACUUUUGUCAAUAAAUUUUGCUACUGCCUCUGGUGGGGUCUUCAGAAUCUAAGUACAUUGGGUCAAGGGCUACAAACUAGUACCUAUCCAGGGGAAAUUAUAUUCUCUAUAUGUCUUGCUAUAUCCGGUCUUAUUCUUUUUGCGCUUCUGAUUGGAAACAUGCAGACGUAUCUACAAUCACUUACUGUUAGGCUAGAGGAGAUGAGAAUAAAGAGGCGCGAUUCAGAGCAAUGGAUGCAUCAUCGUUUACUGCCACAAGUUCUUAGGGAACGAGUAAGACGAUAUAACCAAUACAAGUGGUUAGAAACACGAGGAGUUGAUGAAGAGAUCUUGGUUCAGAGUCUACCAAAAGAUCUUAGAAGGGACAUCAAACGCCAUCUCUGUUUAAAUCUAGUCAGAAGAGUUCCCUUAUUUGCAAAUAUGGAUGAAAGGUUGCUCGAUGCCAUUUGUGAACGACUGAAGCCUAGCUUAUACACCGAAAACACCUUCAUUGUCAGAGAAGGAGAUCCAGUCGACGAAAUGAUCUUCAUCAUAAGGGGACACCUAGAAAGUGUGACAACAGAUGGUGGAAGAAGUGGAUUUUACAACCGAGGAUUGUUAAAGGAAGGAGACUUUUGUGGUGAAGAGCUUUUAACAUGGGCCUUAGACCCUAAAUCCAGCAUAAAUUUACCAUUGUCAACAAGAACUGUGAAAGCUCUAACAGAAGUAGAGGCCUUCGCUUUAAGAGCAGAAGAGCUGAAAUUUGUUGCAGGGCAGUUUCGAAGACUUCACAGUAAACAGGUGCAGCACACCUUCCGGUUCUACUCUCAGCAGUGGAGGACUUGGGCAGCUUGCUUUAUACAAGCUGCUUGGAGACGCCACAUGAGGAGGAAGAUAGCUGAGCUUCGACGAUUAGAAGAAGGGGAGGAAGAGGAUUAUGGUGAUUAUUUAGAACAUGGAAGCAGGUCAAGUAAGAAGCGUAGAGCCAAGGGUGAUGAAAAUGGCUCUAGCCUUGGUGCUACCAUCUUUGCCUCAAGGUUCGCUAGGAACGCUCUUCGUGGGGUUCAUAGACUUCGUAGUGGGAACAACACCACCGGCUUGGCGUUGCAGAAGCCUCCUGAACCUGACUUCUCCAAUAUUGAUUGAGGUUUGUAGUCAUGAUUUUAGUUAGCAGUAUAACCUAUGUUAUGUGAUAGAGUUAUACUAUGUUUUGCUCGGGUCAAUUAAAUUGUAUAGAUACUUAUAUAGUUUGAAUGGUAUAAGGUGAUAUAGAAUGUACUUUGUAUCAUUUGUGUGUUACAUUUAGAAAUGACUAGAGGAAAUUGCCUAGAAAAUAAGAUAAUUGAAAUUUAAAGAGGCAAUCAAAGAGAGAUGAAGCAUAUGAAGUAUGAACUUGAUGAUUGUAGGUGAAACAAAGAAUUUGACUCCAUGAUCUUGUUAUAAUUUAGGUGUACUCGGUUAAAUCGUGUCAUCGUGAGGAACCAAAUUUGUUUAACGUCUUGCAUAUAAUUUAUUUGAAUUCUUCGAAACA